AUGUCUCCCAAGGGCCCCUUCCGUCUCGUCACCGUUAACACUGCGCCCGAGCGUGCCAAGCGCCUCAUCGGUCGCGUUGCGGAGGCGCUCAGCGACCGCUACACCAUCCUCCACGUCGACAACUGCGAGAAGAUCGAAGAGGUCGAGCCCAAGGUCAAGGAGCACAUGCCGGACGUGCUGUUCAGCGCCUCCAUGUGGUCCGACGAGCAGGCCAAGCAGAUUCACGACAUAGCCCGGUCUGUCAAUCCCAGCAUCAAGCUGCACGCCAUCCCCGAGGGCCUGCAGGUCGAGCGCGGUCCCGAUGCCAUCGUCGAGUACCUCUGCGAGAAGGUGCCCCCGCUGCUGGACAGCUAG